AAUGAAUGAGUGAAUAUAUUAAGGGUGGAAAUCUGUUAAAAGUAUUAUUUUAAAAUCUGUUCAAAAUCAUUCGCAUGCGUAUCCUUUGGCUUUAUAACUGUCUUUAACCUCCUUUGUUUCCUCUGACCAGCUUUUGUAAUCUAAGUUUGUUAAGUAAUUCUUGUUCUUUUCCAAGUGGUUUUUUAUCCAUUUUUUUUCUGUUUGCUGCUUUAUAAUUUGUAUUGUUGCCUUGUUAUAGCGUACCCCAACAACUUCUUACAAAUGAGCACCAACACAGCGGCAUAUUUUUCACUCACAAACCAUGGGGAUGCAAACUUUUGCACAGAACUGUAUCUGUAUCUGUAGUAUCCACACACCGAGCAAUGCUAACACGCUGCAUGCUCGUCAAGCCCACAGGAGGAAAAUGUGAUGGAAGCAGUGAUGCCAUGCGCGCGAGAGGAGGGGCGGGGCUGUGAGCUGAGCUGUGAGCGCGAGCCGGGGAGAGAGACACCGCGGCCGCGUCACUGCUGCUCGCUCGCGGGGAAACCGACAGAUUGAAAACGGCUCGCGGACACAAUGGACUCGCCAGCGGACGGCGUUUAACGCACUGGACCUUUUGAUGAACACACACAAAAAAAACCAAAACAAGAGGAAAAGGGAGGAGGCUAUGCCGUUACAACUACUCUUUACCACCAUUUGAUUAACCAUGAUGAAGACUGAACCCCCAUCUGCAGCCAGCGGCACCACAAGCACCACGCUCGGAGCUCGGAGCGCGUCGCCACACAGGAAUGCGUAUGAGGCAGGAAUCCAGUCACUUAAGCCAGUCAAAGACCCUGAUGCUGCGAACGGUGAGGAUAGCAAAGAGGGGAAGUCACGACCUCUGGGACGGGGUCGCAGGUACGGCUCCAAUGUCCAUCGCAUCAAGAACAUGUUCAUGCAGAUGGGCUCCCCUGGGGAUGAGGAAGAUCCGUCAAAGAUGAAAGACCAGGCAGUGAGGCUCUCCUUGCCAAGAGCCAGUAGUCUUAAUGAGAAUGUAGACCACAGCGCACUUCUCAAGCUAGGCGGAACCGUUUCAGAGCGUGUGAGUCGCUUCGAUGGGAAGCCUGACGGGACAGGUGGCCGUGGACCUUGCUCUGGCUUCUCUAAGCUGCAGGAGACACGCAAGAUUUUUGAGCAGCGUCACCUACAAGAGAAGCAGGCUGCCACUAACCGAAUCCUCCUGAAGAAGGAGCGUGCGUCAGGCUUCCAGGACAGCCGUCUGGACGUGGUCGUACGAUUUAAUGGCAGCACAGAAGCCCUGGACAGACUGGACACGGAAGGUGGGCCUGUUGAAGCAGUGUCACCGACUGUCAGCCAGCUGAGCGCCGUGUUUGAGAAGGCAGAAUUGCGGAACAAUCUCCAUCGGCCAACUUCAACCUCAAUUCUGACCUCUCGCCCCAAAAUCAUCCCCAAAAAAGUGCUAACAUUCCCUCAAACAGGAAGCCAAGAAAAUGACUCGCAGGCUAAGGAGCAAGACGCAGCCCCUAAAAGUCCAAGGAGAACAGGAUCCCAAGCUAACACAACAAACAACAAGCCAUCAGCAGAUGAGGCGUCUGUUUUGUCUGCAGAGCCAAACGCAAAGCACUCAAAGGAACUCCAAGACUCAGCAGGAACCAAUACAGAUAAGGAUUCCAAACCUGGGGAGCACGAUUCUGCUAGCAACCAGGAAGCAGGCAGCAGAUUGGUGCACGCGGAGGUUCACGCUUCCCUGGAGAAUGGGGAGGCUGAAAGCAGUCACGAGACUGCUGAGCAGAGAGAUGAACGCAGGCUGAACCAAGGAGACGCCUCCACUCAAGAUGAGGAGGCAGGAGAGGAGGAGCCCCUAAAGGAGGAUUAUUCAGAAGCUGACCUGAUAGACAUCAGUGCCUACAGUGGUAUAGGUGAGGACUCUGGUGGGAGUCAGCUGGAUGAGGAUGAAGAGGCUGAUGAUGAUGAGGCUUAUGAACCGGAAUCUAGCUGCACAGAGAUCCCAGGACUGCCGAAUGAGGAUGAACCGCCAGCCAGUAGGAAGAUCCGUUUCAGCACUGGGCCUAUUAAGGUGUUCACCACGUACUCCAAUGAGGAUUAUGACCGGCGUAACGAUGACGUCGACCCUAUGGCAGCCUCGGCUGAGUACGAGCUGGAGAAGAGAGUGGAGAGGCUGGACCUUUUCCCCGUAGAACUGGAGAAAGAUGGCGACGGGUUGGGGAUCAGUAUCAUCGGAAUGGGCGCUGGCGCAGACAUGGGCCUGGAGAAACUCGGAAUCUUCGUCAAGACUGUGACGGAGGGAGGUGCUGCUCACCGUGACGGAAGGAUCCAGGUGAAUGACCUGAUAGUUGAGGUCGACGGCACCAGUCUGGUGGGUGUAACACAGAAUUUCGCGGCAUCUGUCCUGAGAAACACCACCGGCACUGUCAAGUUUAUCAUUGGCCGAGAGAAGCCCGGCGAGCAGAGCGAGGUAGCACAGCUGAUCCAGCAGACGUUGGAGCAGGAACGCUGGCAGAGGGAGAUGAUGGAGCAGCGCUAUAACCAGUACAUGGAGGAGGAUGAAGAGGCCGGUGAGUACGGCACAGAUGAGGAUGAGGAGAUGAGCCCUAUGUUCCCUAACGCUAUCGAGGUGUUUGACCUGGCUGAGAGCGAGGACAUGCUCUCUCCUGUGGAGAUGGACCCCGAGAAACUUACCCACAAGUUUAAAGAGCUCCAGAUAAAGCAUGCUGUGACCCAGGCUGAGAUCCAGCAGCUGAAGAGGAAGCUGGCUCAUGCCGAGCAGGAAAAGCUGCGUUGGAGGAUGGAGAAGGCCCAGCUGGAGCAGACCGUGCGAGAGACGAAGGAACGCAUGGAGAAGCUAGAGGGCUACUGGAUGGAGGCCCAGAGCCUGUGUCAGGCAGUGGACGAGCACCUUAAAGAGACACAGGCGCAGUACCAGACACUGGAGCGCAAAUACAGCAAAGCCAAACGCCUCAUCAAAGAGUACCAGCAGAAAGAGAUCGAGUAUCUGAAGAAGGAGACCGCACAGAGGCGUGCGCAGGAGGAAUCAGAGGUCGGCCACAAGGAGGAGACAGACAGCCUGCAGGAGAAGAUCACUGACUUAGAAACGAAGGUGGGUGCACUCAAGAGCUCCGAACCCUCCUAAACCUGCACAGGAACUAUAGAGAACGAGGGAGAGAGCGGGAGAAAAGUCUUUCAGCCCUGGCCGUCCCUCCUUCCUGCAUGUUUUCCCCUGUGGCAUGCAACAAUGGACAACCAAAAGACUGCAAGAAACAUUAAAGGGAUGUUACUGGGGGAAAAGGGGCGCGACAGAGAAAUCAUAAUGCCCUGCCAGACGUGCGGCACAGGCCUGCUCACCUCUAGUCUUCAUGACACCCCAUGUAAUGUAGGACGUUUUUGCUUUCAAACAGUAUUCCAAUUAGAAUUUUUUUUUUCUUCUUCUUCUUCUUUUUUUUAAUGGCCCUAUAAAACAUUAUAUAAAACACAGCUUAUUCUUGGCAACUCACUGCAACCCACCUGGACCUGGUGCCAAGCGAACUGAGAAAAGAAAAAUCCGUACAACAGACUUUUCGGUUUCACCUUUUUUUUUUUUCCUUUUUUUUUGCGUCAUCUGUGGCAGAAUGAGUCGCUGUGGGUUGUACAGCAGUGUCAGACCAGCUGAUGGUGUUUGUAUAUAUUCUUCAAUGUAUUUAAAAUGCUUAAGCAAUGAGCUGUAGGGGAACAGGGGAAGAUGUGUGGGUGGGCGGGUGGGUAAUUCCAGGGUGCGGAUGGGUAACAGUAAAAGUGAACGUAUACAAAUUUCCCAGUUCUAGACUGGCACAGAAAAAUGGCAAACAGGGUGUGACCUUUCGAUGUAAUCUUCCAAGACUUUACAUUUCACACUUUGCUUUCCUCUCGACAGUAUUACUGGAAGUGUGUCGUGUGAUUCAGGCCAAUGGGUCUCUGUCUCCGGCAUUUCCCUCACGCAUCAGUCACUAUUAGUGUAUGAAUGAGAACGAGAGGCUGUGUAAGAGGAGGCCUUGUGUGCUUAAUUCUACCUUUUUUUAAAAAAUUUUUUUAUUUUUUUUUAUUACUGCUCACCAGAUUAUUCUUGCACAGCGUCAAAUGAAAGUGCAGUAAAUUAUAUGAUGUGCGCUAAUUGCCGAGAAAUACAGCAGCGACGCUUCAUCAUCACUUCUUUAGGUUGUUCGUUGUCCAGAUUUUAUUUUCUCACUUAUCUAAAAAGUUCAAACAAAAGUCCCGCGGUAUUAUUUCGUUAUUUAUAUUAAAGCACAUGAUACGGUAGCUACAGUGCGUUAUUCUGUAACAGGAAAGGCAUGUAGUUAUGAGAGCGAGGAAUGUAAGCCCGGACCUGCCGAUGGAUCCUGGGAGUUUCAGGGGAUAAACAUUAUUAGAUCAAAAGUAACUUUCUUAUCAGUGUAAUGAUAACCGUACAGUCUUUGCAGUUUUUUAGCUUUUUUCUGACGUGUUAUUGUUGAGCAGCUUUUUUUUUUUUUUCCAGAUAUUAUUAUUGUAUUCAAUCAAGCGUUGUGAAUUUGGGAAACUGGAAUUUAGAUGGAGUUAAAUACAGCUUUUAGGUAGACACUGGCCUUUAAUCUGAUUUUGGACCAGCCUCUGCAGACGAGAUCGCAUCUCAGCAAUAGCAUUAAAGGAUAAUUCCUUUAGUGUUUUUGAACAAAUAUGUGUAAGGGCAUUCCGGCCAGGUGGCAAACUCCAGACGUUUUCACAUGCGAGAUGCUAUUUAGUCAUUUUUAUUUGAAAUGAAGACGUGUCUGGGUGACCAUCAGCCUGUAAUUACUCUGAACUGUAUGCAUUUAGUUCAGAACUCCUGGUGUUAUCCUUUUACAGAUUGGUGUGGGAUCUGCUGGAGAUAUUCUUUCUGUUCGCAAUAAGACAGAGGAUCUGCUAUUGCUAUUUGUUUACUCUGAAUUUCAGUUAAAACGUGUUGAACAUUGAUUCUGGAGAGACAGUUUUAGUUCGGGCAGACCGAAUGCAUUAGCUGUAGUUUUUCCAUGGCUUUCCCAUGUAUGUAAUUGAAUUCAGUCCAUCGCUUCCACUCGCUAUGUUUUGUGAUAAUAAAAUGUCUCUUACGAUGCAGUAUUGAAAGCCACGUCUGGGGGUUUUAUCCAACCUUUUAACAGAUAUUUUAGUGAUACAACAAUUAUUACUCUGCAACAAUAUAUAAUGGGCUUUGUUAUUGUCAGUAGAGUAUAAAUAGAGUUUUUUUAAUGUGUGGAAAUAGAUCUCGCGUCAUUCACUUGCUCUGGAUCCAAUUUGAAUUUUGUGCACACAUGCAAGAAGAAUCCUUACAGAGCACACUGCGGUAGUCCAGGGUCUGUACUGUAUGUAUCGAGCGUCCCAGCUCAGCCAUGUAUAAUUUUAUCCAUCAGUGCGACAAGCGGAACUCAUCGUAAAGCAGCGCUUUUACUCUUGAGAGGUUUGAUACAUAAAUACAAUCCCUGAACUACCUCAGGUCCAUUUUUCUGUCCAUUUGGUUUCGUUUUGUUUUUUUCCCUCCUCCCUGUUCUUUUGAAUAUUUUUUGCACAUAGACAAAUAGAACAUCACUCAUAACUGGAAAUAAAAAUAAAUUGUGUAAAUGCAUUGUAAUGAGUUCGACAUGCUACAGUGGGGUUGAUUUGAUGACAGUCAGCAUGACGUAAGCUUGUCUCUGUUCCAGCUGUGCAUCAGUAUGAUCCACUCAGGUUGAGUGAGUAUUAAGUACACGGACCUAUUCCGGAGAGCACACUGGACUCGUUUUUGCGAUCACGUCCCAGGAGGACUCUGGAAUUCCAUUAUUAUCCACCUUUCUGGCACAAGGAUUCGUUCCGUGCUCAGUGUGUCGCUGUUUACUGAAGGAGCAGAACAGGAUUGUGUCCUGGAGCAUACACAUGCUCAUUUCAGGUCAGCUUUUGCCUUUUGAUAAACGUGAUUACUGCAACGGGACCUGAUCCUGUAUCAGAAUUCCUGAUGGAUGGGCCAGUAAAGAUCGGAGCACUAUCGGGACGAAACGCAGCAGGACAAGCUACAUGCUGAGUGAUUAUCAGAGCACUGAAACACUAGUCAAACAUUCAGAACUUACAUUCCAUUCGACUUGCUUUUGCGGACGUUGUAACCGACUAUGAGGUUCACUUGCUUCUGUGUACAGAGAGGAACUCGUUCCUCAUGCUGGUGUAAGGGUGUUACUCAUUUUAACGUGAACUAAAACUUGACUCCAUUCCUUCACCAUUGAGGUUUUGUUUUUUAAUUGCUUUGAGUUGCAACCAUAUAAAUAAGAAGAAAAAAAAGAAUGUUCCAUUUGAAAGGAGCGUCAUGUUCAUCUUGCAUAAUUUACUGUCAUUAAUAAUAAAUGCAAAAAAAACCAAUGUGUUGAAUAAUGAGACGUGAGAAUUUUUUAUGCGUGUAUGAUGCCUCAUGCUUGCAAUGGUUAACAGCUAUAGCUAAUUAUAUUUAGGGAAAAUUUAUUAUGAGUCACAAUAUCGUUAUAAGUCAUUCUGGCACGAACUAUAAUGACUGAGCAGUUUUGGUAUAAAACUCUCGAUAGAGUGUGUUAUUCACGUCAGGAGAAGCAAUGUGUAUGAAUUUAAUUUCAGCAAUUAAUAUUGUAGUAUGAUGUUUUCAUUUUGGUAUGUCGGGGACAGUUUUAAACUGGUUUAAAUCCUAUUUUACUGACCGUUCCCAGUUUAUUUCUAUGGGUGGUUACCGGUCUGACACUAGCUCUGUGCUCACUGGUGUUCCUCAGGGAUCAGUUUUAGGCCCUUUACUUUUUAAUAUCUAUUUCUCUCCACAUCUGCUGCGAUCACUCGGCCUCCGUUAUCACUUUCAUGAUGACGAUACCCAAAUCUACAUUCAAUCAAAAUCUAGUGAAUCCCUGAUGUUUGUUUUCUUCUGAUUGUAUUUCUGAGAUAAAAACAUGAAUGAAUAAUAAUUUUCAGUGUCUGAAUAGCGGUAAAGCCGAGUUACGCUUAUAGGUUCCUGUCAGCAAAUUCUCAAAGCUGGGACACUGUCUCUGUUCUAGAGACUCACAGUAAAAUGAGGAACCUUGGAGUCAUUUUUGUUAUCAGCCUUACAUUUGAUAUUUUUAUUCAGAGCACUGUUAACGCAUCCUUUUUUCACCUCAGAAAUAUAGCACGACUGCACUCUGUGCUAAACUUCUCUGUAGCUGAAAUACUGAUUAACUCAUUCGUUGUCACUCAGAUAGAUUACUGUAAUGCCCUUUCAGCGAGUUUCUAAAUCCACACUCAAUAAACUCCAACUCAAGACCUACUUUUUUAAACUUGAAUUUGAUUGCUGAUGUUUACUUUUUAUUAUUAUUACUGUUAUUUUUACAAUUUUUUUUUUUCCUCGGCGUACUGCUUAUUUUGUGUACAGCACUUUGAGAAGCUGCUUUUAAAGGCGCUCUAUAAAAUAAAGUACAUUAUUAUUAACACUU